AUGGACGAAAAUAACAGUAAUGCGUCGAUUACUAGUAGAGGCUUAGCAGAUUCAUGUUCAGGUGAACGUUAUUGGUUUGCGUUUGUUUUAUCAAGUCUUGCAACGUAUUUUAUUGGUGUGAUUGCUAUUCUUCUAUGGCGUUGCGGUGCUUUAAUUUACAAACGUGGACCCACAAUGAGACAUCGAUCUCGACGAUUAGUAUCCCUAGCUGAAAAACAAGAACUAUCUUAUGGAUUUGAUCCAAUAAAUGAACGCAAUUGGGCAACAGUAGUCAAAGAAUAUGCAGCGAAAUUGAUUUCGGGUCAACAAUUGCCUGGUAAAAUACUCGUUAUCGCCGUUGUCGUCUUGAGUUUAGCAUCGUUGGUUAUUUAUUUCUAUGAUGUUAAUACGCAACCCAUUGAGUUAUGUCAAUUAUGGACACAAAGUCUGACACAACAACUUGAUUUAGUCUUCAAUAUCUUUUUUCUUUUCUAUUUUUUCCUUCGAUUUGUUGCUGCACAAGAUAAACUUCGAUUUUGGUGUUUGGACGUUCAUUCAUGGGUUGAUUAUUUUACUAUUCCACCAUCAUUUACUGCUAUUGUCUUAGGAAGAAAUUGGAUUGGAAUGCGAUUUUUUCGUAUUGCACGUAUCAUGAAUAUUCCUGACAUACUACAAUUUUUGCAUAUACUUCGUAGUAGUAAUUCAAUUCGAUUAACGCGCAUGUUGUGUCUUCUCUUUACUGUGUGGCUAUCGGCGGCUGGCUUUGUUCAUCUGACGAUCGGUCAAUGUUUUAUAAUAUUCUUCAUAACGGGUGGUCUCGCACUUUUCGCACGUGCUAUACCAGAAUUAGCAGAAAUGCUAUCAAAUAAAAAGAAAUAUGCUGGGAAUUAUAGAUUAGAAAAUGGAAAAAAAUUUGUUCUUGUAUGUGGUCAUAUUACAUUUAUAUCAAUGGAAAAUUUUCUUAAAGAUUUUUUACAUGAAGAUCGAGUUAGUUCAGAUAGUUUCUACGAUGCUGAUGUACUUAUUGUUGAUAAAAAGAAUACUGUUGAUUUUGAAUUUCAAGCAUUGCUGAAACGCCAUUUUACACGUGUAAAAUAUUUCGAUGCUACGGUUAUGGAUCCUGUUGACCUGGAACGAGUUAAAUUGAAACGAUCUGCAGCUGUUUUAAUCCUAGCAAAUAAAGAUGCAACUGAUCCUGAUGGCGAAGAUGCAAGCAAUAUAAUGCGUGUAAUUAGUAUAAAAAAUUAUCAUUCAGAUGCAAAAAUAAUUGUACAACUUUUACAAUAUCAUAAUAAAAUGCAUUUAAUGAAUAUUCCAGCAUGGAAUAGUAAUACCGAUGAGGCCGUAUGUAUUGCUGAAUUAAAAUUAGGUUUAAUUGCUGAAAGUUGCCUUAAUCCGGGUUUUUCAACAAUGAUUGCGAAUAUUUUUGCAAUGCGUUCAGAUACAGAAGGCUCACCUGAUCGAUCUACGUGGCUAAAAGAAUAUCUUCGAGGGGCUUCACUUGAAAUGUAUACGGAAACAUUAUCAAAUUAUUUUGUACAUGACCUAAAAAACUUCAGUGAUGCUGCUAGAUUUUGUCUGGUUGAACUUAAUAUACUUCUGUUUGCGAUUGAAGUUUGUGAAGAAAAUGGACAAAGAAGAUUAGCUAUUAAUCCCGAUCGAACAUCACAAUAUUAUCGUAUUGCUAAACGAACACGAGGAUUCUUUUUAGCGGGCAGUUCCGAAGAGGCAUCGAGAGCUCGCUAUUAUUGUCGUCAUUGUCAUCAUGCACAAAAGCCCGAAUCAAUUCGUAAAUGUAUCCAUUAUCGUAUGGAAGAUGUAUCUGGUGGUGCUGGCGGUGGUGGUAGUGGUAGUGGUGCCAAACCACGACGUGAAAUGUCAAAACCACGUUCCGAGAGUAACAGUUUAAUUGAGUCGCCACCUAUACCAAUAGCAAUAAAACCAUUCUGUUUCGAUACAACUGGAAUGUUCUAUUGGUGUCCAACACUAACUUUCGAACAACAAACCAUUGAUAUUCGAGUUAAAUGUGAAUUAACACAUCAUGUUAUCUGUUGUAUAUUCGCUGAAGAAUCAUCGCCGGUGAUUGGUCUCCGGAGUUUUGUUAUGCCAUUACGUGCAUCGAACUUUGAUGAAAACGAACUUAAAUCAAUUGUAUUUAUUGGUAAUGGUGUAUUUUUAAGAAAAGAAUGGAGACAUAUAUGUAAUUUUCCAAAAGUCCACGUCGUUGAUGGUUCACCAAAUGAUCGUGCCACGUUACGUGCGAUAAAUAUACAUUUAUGUGAUAUGUGUGUUAUACUAUCAUCAUCAGCGUCACAUCAUGACCAACGACAAGAUCGUUAUUUAACUGACAAAGCAGCAAUACUUUGCUCGUUAAAUAUAAAAGCAAUGAGUUUCGAUACGGAAUGUACUUCAACAGAUAGACGCAAUGGAACAUCAAUUCCACUUAUGACAGAACUAAAAAAUGAUACAAAUGUUGUUUUUCUUGAUCAAGACGACGAUGAUGAUCCAAAUAUUGAUCUUUACAUGACACAGCCAUUUGCAUGUGGCACAUCAUUUGCUAUUAGUGUUCUAGAUUCAUUAAUGAGUGCAACUUAUUUUAACGAAAAUGCAUUGACCAUUCUACGAGCCUUGAUAACUGGAGGUGCAACACCUGAAUUAGAAAAAAUCUUAGCCGAAGGUGCAGGCAUGACACAAGGUUCAAAUUCAAAAGAAGUAUUAAAUAAUCGACGACGACCACGUGUUGUUUUGUUACCUGUUGAAAAUCUCAUUAUCGAAGACACAAGCAAUGCAAAAGAUAAUUCUUCUAUUACUGUAGGGACAUUUUGGGAAAAUAAUCCUACGUAUGGAGAUCUAUUUGUUAGUUUAUUAACUCAUAGAGAUUGGCUUUGUCUUGGUCUCUAUCGUCUCCGUGAUAAUGGUUCUACUCGGCCGACAUCACAAUCUAGUAAACGUGUUGUUGUUUGUAGUCCGCCACGAACGUUUUCUUUACUUAAAUCUGAUUUAAUUUACGUGAUACAACAAUUUCAACCGAAAUAUGAUCCACCCUUGAAUAUAGAGCCAGAACCAAUCAAACUUAUUGAUAAUAAUAAACAAUCAAAUCGUAUACCAGCAUCAGUUAGCACAGUCAUACCAAUGCCAUUUACUAUAGUCAAUAAAAAAACUCCGAUCAUAGAUGACAUUAUGAUUAAAGAUAAAGAUAAAAUAUAA